AUGAGGACGCCUGGACCCUGUGCCCUCCUCCUGCUGCUCGUGGCCUUGGUCCUGACCCAGAAUUGCACAGGUUCUCACUGGCUGCAGAUUUUCGACACGCUGAUUUAUGGACCAGAUUUCGGGGAGCCCCGGUUCGUCAGGGUCAUCUACGUGGACACCACACCGUUUGAGGCAUUCGACAGCAAAGCAUUGACUGCAGUCAUGCAACCCCGGGCUCCUUGGAUGGCGCAGGAAUCAUAUAAAUACUGGGAGAAAGAGACAGAGGAAGCCUUGCUCGACUCACACUUUAACCGAAAGUAUCUUCGAUUGAUGAUGAACUACUACAAGCACAGCAAGAACGAAUAUCACACCCUACAGGUUGUGAGAGGCUGCAGUGUGGGGAAUGAUGGGCGCUUCCUCCGUGGUCACUAUCGGUUCGCCUACUAUGGCUACGAUUACAUCACUCUGAAUGAGGACCUGAGCUCCUGGACUGCAGAGGGUGAGGCGGCUCAAACCAUAAGAAAACAAUGGAACAAUAUAAGAAGGGCAGAAGAACUGGGGACUUACCUGCAGGGGCCUUGUGUGGAAAUUCUUACUAGAUGCCUGGACCUUGGGAAGGAGACAUUGCUGCGCUCUGAUGCUCCCCAAGCACAUGUGAGCCACCAAGUCAGACCUGGAGGGAAUGUGACCCUGAGGUGCUGGGCCCUGGGCUUCUACCCUGCUGAGAUCUCCCUGACCUGGCAGAGGGAUGGGAACAACCACACCCAGGAAAUGGAGCUGGUGGACACCAGGCCUGCAGGGGAUGGAACCUUCCAGAAGUGGGCAGCUGUGGUGGUUCCUGCUGGAGAGGAGCUGAGAUACACAUGUCAUGUUAACCAUGAGGCAUUACCUGAGCCCCUCACUCUGAGAUGGGAGCCUCCUCAGCCAACCUUCUUCCUCAUGGCCAUUCUUAUUGGCCUGGUUCUUGGAGCUUUCGUGGUGGGAGCUGUAGCGAUCUUUCUGCUAUCAAAGAAGUAA